AUGCUUUCUGGUUCUACUCUGAUGCGUAGACCAACUCAAUUGGGACGUGAUAUUCCAAAGUCUUACUCAACACAAUCUUUGGCUAAUGCUCGUGAGGACGCUUCCAUCCCCGAUACUCAAAGCGAAAACCUGGAUAUGUACUUCGCUCCCAGCUACUCGGACUACACGCACGAAAAUUACAAAGUAACUCGAGUUGGUACUCGAGACUCGUGUAACUCUGCGUAUUCUAAUCAAUCUGUUUAUCGUGUUUCGCUUGACUUUUCUCCUAAAGAAAUCGCUUUGGUGAGAUACACGUGGAACCGCAUGUUGGUUGACGAUGCCGAGCCGAAGAUUUCCCUCCCUGGUGCGUUUGCACGCCCCAAGAAGAUGGCCCAACUGUCCUUGCAUGCUCUGUCGACCUUUUGUACGCAGCUCUAUCUGAAUCUCUUGUCUAUGGACCCAGAGUUGGAGCAGGCAUUUCCUUCGCUCCGGCACCAGGCUGUGUCUAUGGCUGGAGUAAUGUCUCUUGCAGUCAAUUCUCUUGACAACUUGUCCAGCUUAGAUGCCUAUUUGGAGCAAUUGGGCAAAAGACACCUGCGCAUUUUGGGCAUCGAACCUUUCCAGUUCGAGAUGAUGGGAGAAGCGUUGGUGCAAACUUUUGUGCAACGCUUUGGUUCCAAGUUUACUCAGCAGCUUGAAGUGUUAUGGAUCAAAUUCUACAUGUACUUGGCCAAUACGCUUCUUCAAUUUGGUUUGGACCCGGUUCUUCGGUUAGAGCCAGGCGCGCCGCAAGUUUUCCCGCGCCAACUGCGUCCCGAAAGUGUUUUUUCGGGCGACACUUUGUCGCUUCUUAACCUGGCGCGGCGUGUUUCGCAGAGCACUGGCCUUACCGAGGUGCUGUCGGUGCUCGAAAAAAGUGCGGCGCCCAAGGUACGCGCGCCGCCCGCGCAGAAACGGCGCCUCCGUUUGAAGAAAAAGAGCGACUGUGUCAUCGUUUAG